UUGUGACAGUAUGGGGUCCAGUGUACUGUUCCUCAUCCUCUUACUGAUGCCAUUAUUCACCCCCUGUGGAGGCAGUCAAGUGGAAGCAAAAGCUGAAGUGAAGGUGACUCCAGAUGAGCGUGUGUUCAGCGGAGAGACAGUCACUCUCACAUGUGACAUACAGGGAGCAGGAAAUGACACGCAGUGGACAUACAGCUGGUUUAAAGAUGGUUCAAUCAUCCCGAACAGCACUGAGAGAGUCUACAACAUCACAUUUAAUGUGUCUGAUAGUGGUCAGUACAGCUGUGAAGCAAAGAGAUCACACAUCAGUGCUGCUGUUACACUGACUGUAUCAGGUUCCCCCAGAUCUUCUCUGACUGUGACUCCAGACAGUCCUGUAUUCACUGGAGAGACAGUCACUCUGACCUGUGUGAUUGAGUCUCACAGUAACUGGAGAUGGAGAAAUGGCCUGAUAUAUGACUGGAGAUAUGACUGGACAUAUUACCAGACAUAUGAGUGGAGAUAUGAGUGGUAUAAAGACACAGACAGUUUAAUGUUUUACAUGUCUGAUCGUUACACUGUAAACAGAGAUACUCUCACUAUCAGAGGAGUAAUUACAUCUGAUCAGGGUCAGUACUGGUGUAGAGGACAGAGAGACCAGAGACCAAACUCAUCUCAAUCAAGCUAUGUUUAUCUCUCUCUGACAGAUUCACCCUUAUCUUCAGUGUCUGUGACUCCAGACAGUCUUGUAUUCACUGGAGAGACAGUCAAUCUGACCUGUGUGAUUGAGACUUACAGUGACUGGAGAUGGAGAAGUGGACUGACAUAUGACUGGAGAUAUAACUGGAGAGAUAACUGGAGAUAUGAGUGGAGAUAUGAGUGGUAUAAAGGCAGCAAAUACAGUGUAAUGCUAAACACAUCUGAUCGUUACACUGUAAACAGAGACACUCUCACUAUCAGAGGAGCGAAUGAGUCUGAUCAGGAUUAUUACUGGUGUAGAGGACGGAGAGAUGAGAGACCAACAUCAUCACAUUUCAGCUCUGCUGUUAAUCUCUCAGUGAUAGAUUUACACAGAACUGUGCUAACCAUGAUGCCAGACAAUCCUGUGUUCACUGGAGAGACAGUCAAUCUGACGUGUGGGAUAAAGUCUAAUCACAGUAACUGGACAGAGUGGACAAAUAACUUGAGAUAUGAGUGGUAUAAAGACAUAUACAGUGUAAAGUUAAACACAUCUGAUCGUUACACUGUAAACAGAGACACUCUCACUAUCAGAGGAGUGAAUGAGUCUGAUCAGGAUUAUUACUGGUGUAGAGGACAGAGAGAUGGAGAACCAUCAAGACCACCGAAUACAUAUGUUUAUCUCUAUGUGAUGGAGAGACCAAAAGCUGUAGCGAAGGUGACUCCAGAUGAUCAUGUGUUCAGAGGAGAGACAGUCACUCUCACAUGUGACAUACAGGGAGCAGGACACUUUCAGUGGACAUACAGAUGGUUUAGAGAUGGAAAACCUCUCAAUCUCUUAACAACAACAACAGCAGAGAUCGGUUUCAGAGCUGAUUACAGUGGUGAAUACAGCUGUAGAGGAGAGAGAUCAGACUCACAGAGAUCAUACGUCAGUGCUGCUGUUACACUGACUGUAUCAGGGUAG